CUUGGGCUGUGUUUGAUAGUCAGAGAUUCCCGCUUUGGCGUGCAAGCGUUACUGUUACACGGCUUGACCUUUUCGCCAGCGGGUAUUUAGUCUUGGGUGCGGUAUUCCUUGGUAGGCCUCUUAAGCAGGGUUCUUAACGGAACACAUUUGACAGGAACUUUGAACAGGGCCGGCGUGUCUGAGCGCUACCAACAUGAACGUCACAGGCGUAGUGGAUGAUGGCAUGCUCGCGGGCAACAUGGCCGACCUGCUUGCACGGAUGGGAUGCAGCUCAGGCUCAAUCGCCGAGUGCAUGCCCAGCAGCAGCGCUCUUAUUGCGGCCGGUGGCGCUCUGGCGCUCGGCUACACCUUGUGGGAGCAGGCCAAGUUCCGCUGGUACCGCGCCUUUAAGAAGGGCGGUGUCAUGCCAGGCCCCAGCGUCGUGACUCCCAUCCUCGGAGGCAUUGUGGAGAUGGUCAAGGACCCGUACGGCUUCUGGGAGAAGCAGCGCCAGUACUCGUUCCCCGGCAUGAGCUGGAACUCCAUUUGCGGCGUGUUCACCAUCUUUGUGACCGACGCGGCGCUCUCCCGCUACGUGUUUUCGCACAACUCGGAGGACUCGCUGUUGCUCUGCCUGCACCCCAACGCCGAGUGGAUUCUGGGCGGCACCAACAUCGCCUUCAUGAGCGGCCCCGAGCACAAGGCGCUCCGCAAGAGCUUCCUGGCGCUCUUCACGCGCCGCGCCCUGGGGCUCUACGUGCUCAAGCAGGACGCACUCAUCCGCAAACACUUUGAGGACUGGCUGUCGAUGCCCGGACCCGUGGAGGUCCGCCCGCUCAUUCGCGACCUGAACGCCAACACCAGCCAGGAGGUCUUCAUGGGGCCCUACCUGGAUGACCCGCAGGAGCGUGCCCAGUUCUACGAGUCCUACCGCGCCAUGACGGACGGCUUCCUGGCCUUCCCGCUCAUGGUGCCGGGAACUGCCGUAUGGAAGGGACGCAAGGGGCGCUUCUACAUUGUCAAGAUCCUGACCAAGGCCGCCGCCCGCAGCAAGGUCCGCAUGGCUGCCGGGCAGGAGCCCGAGUGCCUACUGGACUUCUGGACCAAGCAGAUCCUGUCGGACAUGAAGGACGCUGCCGACGCGGGCACGGAGCCGCCCUUCUACUCGGACGACAAGCGCAUCGCGGAGACGAUGAUGGACUUUCUGUUCGCCUCGCAGGACGCCUCCACCGCCUCGCUCGUGUGGACCGUCACCCUCAUGGCGGAGCACCCGGAUGUGCUGGCGCGGGUCCGUGAGGAGCAGCUGCGCCUGCGCCCCGACCCCAGUGCGCCCAUCACCGGUGACGUCCUCAACGAGAUGACCUACACGCGGCAGGUGGUCAAGGAGAUCCUGCGCUUCCGGCCGCCUGCUCCCAUGGUGCCGCAGCGCGCGCAGGUGCCCUUCAAGCUCACCGAGACGUACACCGCACCCAAGGGCAGCCUCAUCAUCCCCAGCGUCAUCAGCGCAUGCAAGCAGGGCUACUCGGAGCCCGACCGCUUCGACCCCGACCGGUUCGGCCCCGAGCGGCAGGAGGACAUCAAGUUCGCGUCCAACUACCUGGUGUUCGGACACGGACCGCACUAUUGCGUGGGCAAGGAGUACGCCAACAACCACCUGACGGUGUUCCUGUCGCUGCUGUCCACCUCGCUGGACUGGAGCCGCGUGCGGUCCGCCGAGUCGGACGAGAUCAAGUACCUGCCCACCAUCUACCCGGGCGACAGCGUAUUCCACAUGGGCCGGUUCGGGGGCAAGGUCGGGUGCAAGGCGGUGUGAGGAGAGGAGGGAGGAGGAGGAGGGAGCGACGAUGGUGCGAGGAGGGGUGGUGGUGGUGUUGGCUGCCUGACACAACUGCGUAGGGGUGGCGAGAGAUGGGUCUGGGUACUUGCGUUGGGGCUUGGAGGCUUGACCGGCUUGACGGGGACAGGCGUGCAGGCGAGCUGGAUUUGGCGGGAAGUUGGUGGGUGGGUCUGGGGUUUGUGCGUGCGUGCAGUCGCAUGGAGUCGCAUGAAGCACUCUCGGCAUGUCUGAUGGCGACUGCUGGUUAAGGGUGAGAUGGGGAGGAGGGCCAUGCGCAUUGAAGGAGGCUAGAUGCAGGGUUUACCUGCUCCUUUGGGGGGGAGAUACGGCACAGUGGUAUUGUGUGCGUUUUGCAGAGGCAGGUUGCCCGGCUGAUUGCGUUCACAACGAGUAUGUUGCAACGAGCAUGAGUGCAGGGACCGAUUGCUGGACCUGCGCGUACAUGGCGUGCCCUAAUCUUUAUCAUUGCUACUUAUAAUAAUGUCAUGCAUAUUGUUGCAUUAUAAUUCAACUGCUGACGACGUGCUACUCGUGCCUGGUGAGGCCCGAUCCAAGUACUGCUUGGCGCUGCUGUUGCUGCACAUCGCCGUGGUGUUUGGUUGCGGGUUCUCAUGUAUAGAUGAUGAUGGUGAUGCGCGUAUGCUGUGUUACGGCGGGAGGGUGAAGGUUUGUGCAUAUUCCUUCUUUUGCUGUUCCUUCAGACAGUCAUAUCGGUACCUUUCGAGCCCAUGAUUACGUUGCGUUGGGUGGGCAUGGCGUCGUGGGGUCGACGCUAUGGGCACGGGGCCAGCAGCGCCGCCUUAUAUUUACAGUGCGGUGUUGCGAAGAAGAGUUGUGCAAGCAAGGGUUGGAUUGUACCCCGCACCUUCCCUGCGCCCACCCGCGGAUGUCGAGGUGCAGGGGGCUUCCGUGGGAGUUGGUUUGCGGGGAGAAGUUGUGUUGCCGUGGACGUCCUUGGCGAUUGGUGUUGGCUAUUAACCCGGGCGGCAGUUGCAAACUGAAAGCAUCGGCCAGAGAUGGGUUUUAUUCGAUGUUUUGGUGGCUGGUGUUCAAGGGAAGUCGUUGAGAGCACGGUAGUUACAAUGUUGAGAAUUCGCACGCUUCCGUUCGCUGGCGUGCAUUGGUGCAGCUGAAUGAGACGAACUGUAAAGAAAGUACCCCA